CUAUUGCACCUUGAGCUGUAACCGCUGGUACUUAAAACGCCUUAUCUUUAACAGCAGUGAACGACGUUGAACGCGGACAGCCCCGCUACUCUUCACUCAGCUCUUCGUAUAAAGCUGCGGAUGGAAACGGAGAGAAACUGGUGACAGCAGCGUGGCCAGCGAUGUCAGGCAGGUAAAAACUGCGUGAUUGGAGCCGCUGAGAUGAGCGACAGAGCCGAGAUGAGAGGGCCCGUAACCCGCCGGAGGAGGACGACCAUCUCCGGCGGUGGCAGCGGAGUAGUCAGCGUCAAACAAGCCAACGGCAGCAAGGAGCACGACGCUGGGGAGAAGCCCCCACAGUAUCCCGCUAAAGUCAAAACAGACGAGGUGUCCAGGCAUGCAAGUAACAACGGGAAGGUGGACAGGCAGACGGGGGUGUCAGGGCAGCAGCAGCCGCCGCUCACAAACACUCCGAGGAGACAGAGGAGCGCGGUGGAAGAUAUCAACGAGAGACUCAGCUGUCACGUCCUCCAGGAGUCUCUCUUGAGCUCAGCCAGUGGCUACAGCAACUACAGAGGAAUCCUCAACUGGUGUGUUGUCAUGCUGGUGCUGAGUAAUGCACGCCUCUUCUUGGAGAACAUUAUAAAGUAUGGUAUCUUGGUGGACCCUAUUCAAGUAGUGUCUCUCUUCUUGAAGGACCCCUAUAGCUGGCCAGCAGCUUGCCUCAUCAUUGUGUCUAAUGUGUUCAUCUUAGCCGCCUUGUACACAGAGCGCCGUCUGGCUGUGGGUACCAUUUCUGAAAUGACCGGACUGAUUCUUCAUAUUUUCAACCUGGCAUCCCUGUUGAUCUUUCCUUCAUGUACUGUGCUCACUGUGACCUCCAUGACCCCAGUGGGUGGUGUGCUCUCCCUAGGAAUCUACACAGUGCUCCUCCUCAAGCUGUACUCCUACCAAGACACCAACAGGUGGUGUAGAGAAAUCAGACAAGCGAAAGCCAAGAGACUAACACGAUCAUACUCGUGUCCGUCUGUGGCCCAGUCCAAUGGUUCAGCAGUUCAUACCCAUGUCUCUUAUCCAGGCAACCUCACCCACAGAGACAUGUACUACUUUAUCUUUGCCCCAACUCUCUGCUACCAGCUCAACUUCCCGCGGUCACCUCGAAUACGUAAACGGUUCCUGAUGAGAAGACUUUUUGAAAUGCUCUUCUUCAUGCAGCUGUUGGUGGGAUUGAUACAGCAGUGGAUGGUUCCCACAAUACAGAACUCAAUGAAACCGUUCCAGGAAAUGGACUUUUCUAGGAUGGUGGAGCGCCUCCUAAAGUUAGCUGUCCCGAAUCAUCUAAUAUGGUUAAUAUUCUUCUAUUGGUUUUUCCAUUCUUCUUUGAACUUUGUGGCAGAGCUGCUGCAGUUUGGAGACAGAGAGUUCUACAAAGACUGGUGGAACUCUGAAACUGUCACAUAUUUCUGGGCCAACUGGAAUAUCCCAGUUCACAAAUGGUGCCUGAGACACUUCUAUAAGCCGAUGUUGAGGAAGGGGAUCAACAAGUUUAUGGCUCAAACCGCCGUCUUCCUGGUGUCUGCCUUCUUCCAUGAGUACCUGGUGAGUGUUCCUCUGAAGAUGUUCAGACUGUGGGCCUUUAUGGGAAUGAUGGCUCAGGUUCCUCUGGCUUUGUUUGUGAGUCGUUUCCUGAAUGGAAACUAUGGCAAUGCUGCUGUGUGGAUCUCACUCAUCAUUGGCCAGCCUGUCGCUGUGUUGAUGUAUGUCCAUGACUACUAUGUCAUUCAUUACGGGGGCACUACAUAGUGGUGGACAAACACACACAUGCUCCCACAGUCACAUGUGCACAUGCGAACGCACACACACACACACGCGAACGCGCGCACACACACACGCGAACGCGCGCGCGCGCACACACACACACACACACACACACCAGCCUGCAGGACAACUCAGUGAGUGAAUGCAGAUCAAGCUAAGGUGACUAUAAUAGGAAGCCCUGAUAAUAUGAAGCUGUCAGUAAACACCAGGAGUUGACUUCAUGAUCUUUGCACUAACGAGAAAUGUACCACACAAUGUCAGGAAUUUAUUCUAACCACAGAAGAAGUGCUUGGUUUAAAGAGCUAUUCCACUUUACAUACCUUUGUAGUCAGCCUCCAGUAUUAGCAAGUCUCUGGACCUACAGUCAGCAGCCACUCUGAAUACUAGUAUCCGGCAUUGGGCGUUUCAACUUUACACACGUGAUGCUGGACCCAGAGUGAAAUAGCACUCAGAUCUCUGUUAUUGGAAUUGAUCCCUCACCGUUAGAUAUGUUAGAUGUAAGAUUUAUCUUAAAUAAAUGUGUGGUGCUAUGGUUUCCUACAGUGGCUAAUCCUGAUGUGGUGGAAAAACUGUUUGUAAGCAGGCACUUCUCGAGUAUCGCAAAGCGCACACACCUUCCUGUGCAACAAAUAUGAACCAUUGCAGAGCGAGCACAAGCCAGGACUGGAUCCUGUCUCCCUAGAGCCGAUGUGAAAAUGUUGUUUCUAAACCUGUGGUUGUGAAGUCACUUUUUACUUCAAAGGCAACAGAGAAACUAUGAAGCCAGAUAAACAGUUUCUUUCUACAAUCUUAGGCUUAAAAAUCCACUUAACAGUUUAGGAUGUCUCCACAUCUUCAAAUUGACCAUAGUAACAAUUUCUUUUCUUUUUUUUUUUUUACAUGUAUUCUGUGUAUACGUGUAUCCUAUAACUCUCUUUUUGAUGCAAUGAAGUCAUUGAACAGAAAUUUAUAGCAAAAGGAUUUGUUCAACAAACAUAAUCAAAGGCAGAAAACUGAAGACUGUGAAGGAUGGAGGAAGAUAAAAAGUGAAGGAGAAACAGUAAAAGGCUGUUUUUGUGACCUUAUUUGUACAGUCAUGGACCUCCAGGCAGCCUCUCCUCCAGUUCUUCAUCUUCUAACAACAUCAAUGAACGCUCUUACUGUAACAGUUCAUGCUAAAGGUGUGUUGUUUGCCUUGGCUUUGUCUUUUUUGUGUGUUGCAUUUGACCUUUCAGGUUUAUUUUAUAUAACUGUGUGCCGGUAUGACUGUCUGCAGUUAUGUUGUGCCAUCUUGAAAUUCUAAUUUAUGCUGUUUUAUUUUAAUGAUUUAAUGCAGUAGUUGAUUUACUGUGAACCAAUGAAUGUGCACUUUAAAGAAAUGCAUGCUGUCGACUAAAGCAAUAGAUUUCUCUGAAUGUAUUCUUUAAGUUAUAUAAAUCGUACAAGGAAAAUGUCCUGUUAAAAUAAUAAUUUGUAUGUUUUGUAAUUUGCUUGUUGACAAUGUGUUCUCAUAGGUUUGUUUCAAAGUAAAACAGCAGCUGCAGCGAUCAUAAGAGUUUCAAACAGCCUUUUCAUGCCAGAGGUUUUUUCAGGAUUUAAAUUCUAAAGAGUCUGUUUCUUGGUUUGACCUGAUUUGAAAGUUAUUAGAGCCUGAAGCUGUUAAUGUGGAUGUCAAUGUGGAGAUUGCCAUAAGUACGAAAAGAUGUUCUGUUAUUUAACUUCUUAUGUUUUAAUAUGCUUUCCAAAUACACAAUGACAGUUCACUAAACCUGUACAAUGUGGGCCUUUUUUUCUUUAAAGAUUUGUCCUCUUUUUUUUCCCCCCUAUUGACCACAAUUCAGGGACACUGUUGUUAAAUUAUAACACAACAAAAGACUGUGUUCACAUUCCUUACUGAAAUUUCUAAGUGCCUGCUGGAAAAAUAUGCUUAAACUCAAAUGUCAAACAUUAUACCAAUAGUUUUAUGUAGAGGGCAAAAACUUUCAGAAAUUUCCAUACCUUAUUCUAAGAUUCACAAUUCAUUUAUAUGUGGUAUCUUUAAAUAUUUGGGAACCGAAGACUUACUGCCUUUACUUCAAAUUAUUGUCCAAAUUUAAUGUAACCCUUUAAGCAGCAUCACAUUUUUGAAGUGCUAAUUUUUGAAAGCAGUAAUGUUUUACCUUGAUAUUUUGGAAGCGAGCCUUAUGUAAAAGUCAUGCAUAAAUCUUAUCAUGUUAUUGGUAUUUCAGUGCACAAAUGGCAGCUUUAAUAUCUAUUAGUCUGACCUCUGUUUAUCAACAAAUGUGACCCAGUUUCAGAUCUGUGUGAGUUUUAUAAACUGAGCAUUGGUGAAUGCAAGAAAUUGGUUCAGUCGGUUUUUGUUUUGUUUUUUUAUAAAGACUGAGCCCCUGAGUUUUACUCCUAAAGCAGCAGAUGUAGCAACAAUAUCUUGACUACUAUAUUGCGAGCUAAUCUAUUUCAAUGCUAAGAGCUGCAGCUAUGUGGGCUUCGCAAAAUACAAAAUGUGCGUUUCAGUGCAUUCUUUUUAGUUUGGCGCAAAGACUAAAACACUAAACAUCUGAAACUAAUUAAGUAUUCAAUGGUAAACAGGAGGACUCAAAUAAUCAAACCACGUGAAUACAAAUUUAUAACAAGUUACUCUUUUUUUGUUAUUCUCAUAACUCUCCUGUGAUAAUGGAUUUACGUAUUCAGUUAUUUCUGCCUUGAUUUUUGUGUGAUUUCUUAAAAAUGGAAAAUAGGAAGUGACGGAGUUGACGCUUGAGAUGGAGCAAUUAAAACUCUUCUGAGAAUAUGUGGCAUCUUCCCACAACUCAUUUGUUCUGUGUUAUUUUGUUGACCUGAAGCCUAGCACUUCCUGUUUCCACAUUAUCACUGCACUGAAUCUGCUCUUGGAAUGAGAUGCAGCUUUAAGUUGAACUGCUUUUUAAGAGUUAAUCUUGUUUGUGGAUGACUGUGUGAUGCAAUAUGUAGUAAAAUGAAUGUAUUACUGAUCUGUUCAUUCUGUAUACAGAAAUCCAAAGUUUAACAAAGAUUAUAUGUUUUGGGAAGUCAAAUCAUUUUCAUAGCCCUUUCUCUUGAAAUUACUUGUGUUGUUUGAUAAAGAUUAUUUAUAUUUGA